AUGGUGAAAAUAAUGAGUAAUCGCUCUAGAGCCACCGAAUUCCACCUUCUGGGCUUCCCAGGGUCCCAGAAUUUGUUUAGCUCUUUUGCCAUCUUUUUCUUCUUCUAUUCAGUGACAUUACUGGGAAACAUGGUCAUCAUUGUGAUCGGCUGUGUUGACAAACGACUGCAGUCCCCCAUGUAUUUCUCCCUUGGCCGCCUCUCCACCUCGGAGAUCUUGAUCAUGACUAUUGUCCCCGUGAUGCUCUGGGGGUUGCUGCUCCCUAAGAUGCAGACAACGUCUCUGACUGCCUGUGAGGUCCAGCUCUAUCUGUGCCUCUUGGUGGGGUCUACAGAGUUUGCAUUCAUGGGUGCCGUGGCUGUAGACCGUUACGUAGCUGUCUAGAACCCUCUGAGAUACAGCAUUAUUAUGAAUAGCUGCACCCGUAUCUCUGUGGUAAUUGUGUCUUGGGUGUUUGGCUUCUUGUCUGAAAUCUGGCCAGUCUAUGCCACAUUUAAGUUCACCUUCUGCAAAUCAAAUGUGUUAGACCAUUUUUACUGUGACUGAGGGCAGCCGCUCAAACUUGCCUGUGAUAAUACUCUUUUUAUAGAGUUUGGUUUUUUUGUAAUGGCAGUUUUCAUUAUCUUCGGUUCCCUUGCCCCAACCAUUAUCUCCUACACCUACACCAUCUCCAUCACCCUCAAAAUCCUCUCAACUUCCGGCCAGAGGAAAGCCUUCUCAACACAUGCCUCUCACUUCACUUUUGUCGUGCUUGGCUAUGGCAGCUGCCUGUUACUCUACGUGAAACCCAAGCAGACGCAGGCAGCAGAGUACAAGAAGAUUGUAUGCCUAUUCAUUUCCAUGCUGACCCCUUUCCUGAACCCAUUUAUCUUCACGCUCCGGAAUGACAAAGUCAAGGAAGCUCUUUGAGAUGGUAUAAAAUGCUGCUGUCAACUGCUCACAGAUUAG